AUGUUCCGCGAGUGGGCGAAUAAAAUUUACGGCGCCUCGAACGCGCCGUCGAGCGCGCCGAACGCGCGCGCGCGCGGACGAGACGGCGGAAAGACGAACGACGGGAAAUCGACAUCCGCGUCAGCAACGGUGGAACCGAGAACGUUCGCCGACCGGUGGAUGAUGUCGUGGACGGACGACGACGUGACGUUUCUGGGAGAAGAUCCCUACGGUGAUUGCGCCGGGAACAUCUUCGCGCAAGCGGCGGUGGAGAGUCGCCGACGGAGCGAAGACGCGGGGAGCGCGCCGAGGAACAGCGUGGACGAGGGCGACCGGAGACGUUCGUCGAGCGGCGCGAGCGACGCCGAGGAGAAGGCGCGCGCGUUCUUUCGAAUCGGACCGAUGUGA